UGGUUGAUUGAUUGAUUAGAACCUGGUAAUAUCUUUUUUUCUUCUUCUUUUUUUAAUACAGAGUAAUUGGAAUUUGUUCCUAUUUUGAUACUUCUCUGCAGUUGAUUACCACGAUGAAUUACUGCAUACCAGAUAUUUAUGAGGUGUCUCAAUCUGUGGUUGGUGAAUACACAAUUCAGGGUGGUGGAGAACAUUGUCUGUUCGCGGGUGAAGGACCACGGUAUGGACACUGCGAACCGCAACCACUUCACCACCCCCCCUGCCUGGAGCAGGUUUGGCCAUGUAGCCAGCGCUAUAAUUGUUUGUAUAGUGGUGUCCCUUCUGGUUUAAGCAGUGACUUUUGUAGCAUGGAGAUCCCGCUCAGUAAUUUCCAUCAUCACCCUGAGUAUUUUCCUGAGAUUAAAUCAGACCUCUCACACUUGCAAUGGAUGCAAGGAGCACACAAGAAAGGGUACAUACCAAGUUACCUGGAAAAAGAUGAGCUUUGUGUUGUGUGUGGGGACAAAGCUACGGGCUAUCAUUAUCGCUGUAUUACCUGUGAAGGCUGUAAGGGCUUCUUCAGGCGGACAAUUCAGAAAAAUCUCAGACAAACCUAUUCUUGUAAAUACGAGAGAAAAUGUGUUAUCGACAAGGUGACCAGAAACCAGUGCCAGGAUUGUCGUUUCAAGAAGUGUAUUGCAGUUGGAAUGGCUACAGACUUGGUGUUGGAUGAGAGAAAGAGGCUUGCCAAGCGCAAGCUGAUUGAGGAAAACCGGGAGCGUCGCCGCAAGGGGGAACUACAGAAAACUGUUUUGGAUCAACAAGAGCCCACGCAGGAGGAGUGGGACCUCAUUCGCAUGAUUACUGAGGCCCAUAUGGCCACCAAUGCCCGGGGAAAUCACUGGAAGCAGAAGCGAAAAUUCUCGACUGCGAAUAUUGGUCAUUCAUCCACAGUCAAUACCCCAGAAGGAAUUAAAGUGGAUUUAGAGACAUUCAACCAAUUCACAAAAAUUAUCACCCCUGCUAUAACACGAGUGGUAGACUUUGCCAAAAAGCUACCUAUGUUUUGUGAGCUGCCAUCUGAAGACCAGAUCAUAUUGCUAAGAGGCUGCUGUAUGGAAGUCAUGUCAUUGCGAGCUGCUGUUCGCUAUGAUCCAGAGAGUGAGACCCUCACACUUAAUGGGGAGAUGGCAGUCACACGAGGUCAACUCAAGAACGGAGGCCUGGGUGUAGUGUCGGAUGCCAUUUUUGACCUUGGUGUCUCACUAUCCUCCUUUAACUUGGAUGACACUGAGGUGGCUCUUUUACAGGCAGUGAUCCUGCUUUCAUCUGAUCGUCCUGGCUUGUGUCACGUAGAGCGGAUUGAACGCUGCCAAGAGGAGUUCCUGCUGGCUUUGGAACAUUACAUCAACUACCGCAAACAUAAAGCAGCUCAUUUCUGGCCAAAGCUGCUAAUGAAGGUGACAGACCUGCGAAUGAUCGGCGCCAGCCAUGGAAGCCAAUUCCUUCACAUGAAAGUGGAGUGUCCAACUGAAUUAUUCCCUCCUCUUUUCUUGGAGGUAUUUCAGGACUGAACAGAGGAUUUUGAGGGGGGCGGGUGCAUGUACUCUAUAUGUGAGCACUUGGAUGCCCUUUAAUUGGUGGGAAUUGCAGGUCUCUCACAUUAUGCACCAUUGAGUGUCACUUCAUUCCUUAAUUUUUGAGUAGUUAUGUGGUAACAUUUUUUUAUUGGAAUCGUUCCUUUCAGGGAAUGUGAAUAGCAUUUUUGUUUGUUGUUUUGUUUACAUUGUUUUGUUUAUUGUUGGGGAUUUUACCUCAAAUCUCUGAUACUACUAAAGGGCCUGUUUGCUUUGCUGAUUGUAAAGUGGGAUUAAUUAUAAUUGUUUUUAAGCAUCUGUUCAUUAAUUUGAUCACACACAAAUGACAUUAUUUUAUGAUGGGAAUCCUUAAGUGAGGUAUAACAAGGUUUUAUUGUAAAACCCCUUCACACGGUUGCUUAACUGUAAUGGAUCAGUUAAUAUUGCCCCACUAAAAGCAACAGGUAAUAUAGGACUUGCAUUUGCUGUGAAGGGUAUGCACCACGUUCCAAAUUAUUAUGCAAAUGAUGUUUUUAAAAAAAUUUCCUAAAAUCAAUCAGCAUAAUUUUCACAUUAUCAACUGUCUGAGCAUAAUUGGAAUGUUUUUGA